AUGCGUGUGCUCAAUACUACGACUUUUGAGCUCGAAGAAAUACCUACAGCUCCGACCAAGGCGGAACGAUUGCAGGCGCUCCAGGCCAAGGCGGAACCUAAGAAAGCCCCAGAGUACGCGAUUUUGUCUCACAGGUGGAUUACAUCGAAACCAAAAUCAGACUCGGACUUGGAUUCAGGAGCCAAAGAAGAGGCAGCUACGGGAACGAAACAACAAGCGAAAUCAGAAUCAGAAUCAGAAGUGACCUUUGACGUGCUGUCUAAAUGGCUGGAAUCUGCUCAUCUCAGACGGUCGAUCAGAAAGAUCAAGAAGGCAUGUCAUAUCACAGGCGUCAAAAAUAUCAACGACCCGUUUGCGGGACAUGAACAUGAUAAGCGGUUCGGACGGUCGACUGAGAAAAUCAAAACUGCAUGUCGUAUUGCACGCACCGCAAACAUCAAGUGGCUCUGGAUCGACACCUGCUGCAUCGAUAAGAGCAGCGAUGCGGAGAUGGCAGAGUCGCUACGCUCCAUGUACAGAUGGUAUCGAAAUGCCAAAAUUUGCUAUGCCUAUCUCUACGACGUUGACAGUACUGGUACCGUUGGUGUCUUUGAUCUUUUCCAAGCAUCAAAGACACUCAGGAAUGGGGAAGAUCAACAGAGUCGCAGCUCUAAUUCGGUUUGGUUCGAGCGCGGCUGGACUUUACAGGAGCUUUUGGCGCCCAAGGAGGUUUGCUUUUACGACUUCAAAUGGCGAGUAAUCGGAACUAAGACAGAACUUGCAAAGGACAUCGCUGCAGUUACCGGAAUCGACGCAAAGUAUCUCGGCCACGAUCGAGCCUUCAGGAAAGCAUGCAUUGCCACCAAGAUGAGCUGGCUAGCCAACAGGACUACAACACGGAGCGAGGAUAUUGCUUACAGCACCCUCGGCAUUUUCAGCAUCAGCGACUUCACUCCGCUGUACGGAGAGGGCAUGAGUGCCUUUUUGCGGCUUCAGAAGGCCCUUGUUCCAAGGCAGGAUGAGUCUUUAUACGCAUGGGAGAUGCCCGACUCAAAAAAUCGUCUAUGUUCUGGCUGGGCGACCCAUGAAUGGGGUCUUCUAGCACCCUGGCCGGCCUGCUUCAGAGGCUCGGCCCACAUCAAUGUCGAUGGGGAAAAGAGUGAACGAUAUUUGGGGGGGUUCAAUAUCUUGGGCCCAGGUGUAAAUGUUCAUGUCGGGCGUAGUGAACUGGGGGGCGAGUUGAUCAACCGGAAGACGGCCAGGACUCUGACACUCAAUUGCUGGACGAGCGACAAGAAAGCUGUACGGAUCCCCAUCAAGAGGGCAUCGAAAAAUUCCCAGCUUUGGAGGCGACAGGAGUGUCACAAGUUGGAUACUAGUGGCUCGAGUGAUGUUCCUAAAACGAACCUCAAGUCGAUUGCAACUGGUACUAUGACCGUUCCAGUUCUCGUUGUACAGCCAAGUGUUGCUGAUGAUUCGGAUGAUGACAGGUGCUGA